AUGCCAGAGAUCGUGGACGACAAGUCGCAGCAUUGCAUCCCAUUCCUACUGGAGCGCUUGCGCAUCCAUACGGAACGGCGUACCAAUGCCGACGGUAAUACCCCGCCGUUCUUUCUGGGGCUCAAUGGCGUGCAGGGCGCCGGCAAGACCGUGUUGGUGUCAACAUUGCAAAAUACGCUCCGCUCCGAGCCGUACUCGCUCUCCGUGGUGACAUUGUCGCUGGACGACAUCUAUCUGACCCACGCCGAUCAGGUUACGCUGGCACAAGCGCAUCCGACGAAUCCACUCCUGCAGCACCGUGGUCAACCAUCGACUCAUGAUCUCGCGCUAGGUGAACAGGUGUUUGCUUCGCUCGCGGCGGAGCAGCCCACGGCCAUUCCACAGUAUGACAAGUCUGUCUUUGCCGGGCAAGGCGACCGUGUAUCUCAAUCGCAAUGGGAGAUCGUGAACGCCGAGGGCCAGAAGAAAGUCAAGGUCAUCAUUUUUGAAGGAUGGUGUGUCGGUUUCCGUGCCUGGGAUGAUCAAACUCUUCGCGCCAAAUGGGAGAAUGCCGUACGACAAAAGGAGAGCGGCAACUACCAAGGGCGAUUGGGAUAUGUCCAGUUCGAGGACGUCAAGGCAGUGAACGACGCAUUGAGGCAAUAUGAUGCGCUGACCGAUAAACUGGACGCGCUGAUUCACAUUGAUGCUCAAAAUCCCCGAUUUGUCUACGAAUGGCGCCAGGAACAAGAGCGCACCUUGCGCGCGGCCAAGGGUAACGGAAUGACCGAGGAACAAGUCAAUCAUUUCGUGGAUGGCUAUUAUCCCUCCUAUGAACUCUUCACAGAGACUCUUCGCGAAGGAGUCUUCAAGCCGCAUAACAGUCCCGCAGACACUUCAGAUUGGCAGGGUAGACAGCUCCGCUUGGUGGUGAACCGCGAUCGGAGGGUGCAAGAGGUCAUCCAGAUUUGA